AUGGUCGGGGUUGCUGGAGGCGGCGGUCUGGAUGUGUUGGUGGAGUUGGGGGCGAGGGAGGCAUUACAGAGCUUGACCGCUAGCGUUGACCGUUGUUGCACGAGUCAGAUUUACAGGAGUGAGAGCGGCGCAGACACCGAGCGCAGCUACAGCUGCUGUCCAUGUUGCUCCAUAGUUAGACUCACAGAGCUUGGACCGCUAAGCUUGACCAUAGUUAGACUCACAGAGCUUGACCGCAGGCACAGGACACCCAGCGCACUGCAGCUUCGGUCCAUGUUGCUGGACCCGGCUAUCAACCUGCUCUUCCAGAGCAUGAAGAAGCAGGCGGCCGAAUUCGAGGCGAAGGCUGACGAGGCUCACGGGGAGCUGAGCGCGUGGAAGUUCACACCUGACAGCCAGACGGGGAAGCGUCUGAUGGCAAAGUGUCGUCUGCUCUAUCAGGACGAGAACGAGGAGCUAGGCAAGCAGAUCACGUCCGGACGCAUCGCCAAGCUAGAAGGAGACCUCGCGCUGCAGAAAAGCCUCACGCACGAGGAUGAAGGAAGAGCCAGGACGCUGUACGAGUAUCUGCUGGAGUCGGACGACGGCAUGGAGGGAAUGCAGUCGACCAUCCUCAUGUUCAAGCAGCAGCUGCGGGACGUGCAGACGCAGCUGAACGCAGCCGUCGCCGAGAACCAGCGACUGUUGCUACGGCAGCAGCAGCGCGGCGAUGCGGCGGUCGCCACGGCAACUCGCGACGACGACGACGACGCUCGGACGAACGACGAGCUGGACGGUGGCGCCCCCGAUGCGCGGACAGACGUGCAGACAGACGGUGGCGCCCCCGAUGCGCGAAGAGACGUGCAGACAGACGGUGGCGCCCCCAACAUGCAGACAGACGGUGGCUCCCCCAACGCGCAGACAGACAGUGGCCCCGCCGACAUGCAGACAAACAGUGGCGCCCCCAACAUGCAGACAGACGGUGGCGCCACUGACAUGCAGACAGACGGUGGCUCCCCCGACUCGCGGACAGACGGUGGCGCCCCUAAUGCGCGGACGGACGGUGGCGCCCCCAGCGUGCGGACGGACGGUGGCGCCCCCGACAUGCGGACGGACGGUGGCGCCCCUGACGUGCGGACGGACGGUGGCGCCCCCGGCGUGCGGACGGACGACGCGGCAGAGUCACCGACGAUGCCACAGACUACGGAGGCAGCGACGCUGGCAGCAGCAGCGCCCCCUGCAUUGAACCCAGGCGAGAUGGCAGCGUCGCCGGACAGCGACGAGCGGACUACACAGCAGGGGGCGCCGGCGGCAGACGCGAUGGACGACGACGCAGAGCGCCCCCUGGCAACGGCGGCGGCGGACGACGCAGCAGCGAACCCGACGCAGCGGGCAGCGGCAGAUUCUAACGAUGAGAUUCGGACGUUAGAGAGUCCGGCGGAGGACCACCAGGGGGCGCCGGCCCCCGCGGACGACCACCGACGGGCGGCGCGCCCCGCGGAGCACGACGACGCGCGCGAGUCUACGCCGGAACAAGAGAACGCGCGUAGCGGCAGUCGGACUCCGGAGCCGAGGGGCUCCCCCGGGACGCCGCCGCCGUCGACGCGAACUACCGACGACGCUGCAGAGGGCGCCACCGAUCCCGCGGCGGACCGCGAGCGUUGCCACGACGACGACGACGCGGAGACGGACGACGCGCUGCCGCGCUACGUCCACAAGAAGAUGGCGCACUCGUCGCGGAUGCUGCACGUCGCCGCGGCAACGACGACGAACGACACCGCGCGCGCAGACGGCGCGGACGCGCGUCGGACUACGGACGACGACGCGGUCGCCGCGGCGACGGCGAGGGAGAGGGAGCGGUCUCCCUGCAACCACCGGACGGAGGGCGGCGCGGGCGCGGCGGUCGCCGCGGAGACUCCUGGGCAGCUGGCAGCGAAAGCGCUGGCAGUUCCGUCAGCUCUGCCGCCGCGCCGCGUCGGGCCGCGGCCGCGCCGCCGCAAGCCGUCGCCAAACGCCACCAUACGAGCUGAUUCGGAACUGCCGAACCACAUGUGA